UGUGCAUACAGUGUUUGAUCAUUUUCUUUUGGACGUUAAUGAAAAUAUAAAUCCCAUCUGCGCCUUACAUGCUGCGUGCCACUAUGACGCAAAGGUCUCGUUUUACUACUAAACUGCAUUACAUUAUUGCUACGUCAUCAAAGUCGUGCUAGAAUAAAUAUAAGGCCAGUUUUUCAAGGAAAGAAAAUAAUGUAGUCUAAGUGAAAAGGGGAUAAGGUGCAACAUGACGUCAAUGAGAAGGAUAGUUCCGGAAUGGAAAUAUUUUCUUCCGCAGCUGAAACAAACUAUAAAGGAAGUGAGUGGUCCUGAUGAAGAUGAGGUGGAGGAAGAGACAGCCUUGUGUCUGGAUGCCACUCCCACAAUGCAGUUCCGAUACUCGUGUGCACAAAACUACUUACAGUGCCUCACCACCAACUCAAGCCUCAGUGGCACUGUGGUGGUGGGCUUCCAAUGGGGACACACCAUGACCUCACAUCGGGUGAAAAUGGGGCAUUAAAUGGGGAUUUACAGAUGUGAAUGAAAAGAUAAUACUGUGUAUAAUAAAAAGUAAUGCUAUACAUGUUAUGCAUCCUGUUAGGCCAGGCCAAUUCGUUCCAGGGUGGUAUGCCAUUGCAUGAUGCUCAAAUAGAAUUAGCAAAAACCUCAAAACUGCAAAUCCAUGAACCCUUACCUCCCUCUGUCAGAUGGAGGUGUGGACAGAGAACCUGCGAGGGGAUCUAAAGCACAACCUGAGCCUGCCCCUGGACAGGGGCUACCGGGUGGAGCACCUGGUCUCUGUGCCCAGCCAGCGGGUCUUCGUUGGGGCCUGCGAUGACCUCGGUAUGCGCGUGUUCUCUGACCCAACGCAGGGCAUGGCGGUCCUGUACCGGGCCAAUUGCCUGGGCUCUGUGCUCUGUAUGCACUACUGCAAGGAGACUGAGGAGCUGCUGACUGGCAGCAUGGGCAUCAUCACCUUCUGGGGCUUCUGGACUAAUCUGCAGGUGGGUGGGAUGUUCCAACAUCCUUGAUGGAAGCACUACAGCCUUCUUGUUUAAUACGAAAAGCAUUUUCUCUUCAACUUCUCUGACACAUCCUGUUUUUUACUCAAUUCCCGCACCUUGGUUGGACUGAUAAGUAGCGACCAUAUUGUUUUCCCUGACAUCUGACCUCUGCGCAGACCCACCUGGGGAUAAUCAAGGUGCUGGACUGGCACUGCACUUCCUUGACGAGGGACACUACCAUUAGUGGCCUGGUGACGGAGAGACGAGCGUCCACGCUUUACGCGCUCUGCAACCGCGGCAUCAAGAGCUUUGACUUUGUGGGGAAGAAAGAGUACAGGGCUCUCAGGGGACACGGUCAGGGUACUCUGCGCUGUGUGUCGCCUGACUGGGUGCAGAGGUACCUCUAUACGGGCGACAUGAUUGGAUUUGUACAGGUAUGAAGGGAAGAGAAUAAAGAGGAGCUAAAAAAAAUGUCAACAAUGUUGUAUGCAGAAUGGAUUCCGUACUGUAUGUUCCUAAAGAGUAAACGUUCUGAAAUAAACUGAGAUGCUUGGAUUGUGUGUCAUUAAUCUCCUCUCCCUUCAGGUGUGGAGCUGGGAUACUAGGAGCCUGCUGCAGGAGUUCAGGGCCCACGCCCGCUCCGUGUCCACGGUUCUCAUGAGGCCCAGCACCCACACGCUGCUCACCUCCUCCCCGGAUGGCUGGGUGAAGGAGUGGAGCUGUAGUGGGGACCUCCUCCUCAAGCUCUUCCUGGAUGACCCUGGGGGGGUACGCAACCUGUGGCCGCUGGGAGAGCACCGCAUCCUGUGCCACUCCCCUUCGUCAAUCUCCAUCUGGAGGCUCCAGAACCUGUACAGGCUGUUUAAUGACCCAGGCUGUGGGAUGCAGCUCCUGAGGCGGGUCGAGAGCAGUCAGGGACAGGCACAGCUCCUGGCUGUGUCGCAGGAUAGUAUCGCCAGACUGAUCUCUCCCGCCAGCGGGGAGUUGCUACUUCUCUCCUGGCCCUACCUCCUCCUGGACCAGGCCCUGGGGUUUGCCUACAACCCUGGUCGGAAGGAGUUGUUUGUGGCCAGUGGUAGUCCAGAGGUCCUGGUGCUAGACAUGGCUUUGUGCCCUUGCACAGCUAAGCGGAUCAUCUGGACCUCCAGGGACCAGGACUUGGAUGACAGCGUGAUGUGCCUGGAGGCGGUGAUGGUGGGUGGGGCGGAGUGGGCCGGGGUCAGCCCCCUACCCUGCCUGGUGUUCAGUGGCCACCGCAACGGGAAGCUCCAGUUGCUCUCCCCCCACCGACUGGGCUUCCCCGCCAGGAAGGCCCAUGAUGGUGCUAUCUUACAGAUGAGCAGCCUGGCCGGGCCCAGGCCCCAGCUCUGCUGCUAUGGCUCAGACAAGCAGUUCAGCAUAUGGGAGGUAGAGAUGGGGGAAAUCCAUGUGGAGGUCGCACCUCUGUCCAGGGUGAGUUGCUCCUCUGACCUGGUUCUCUCCCGACUCCUCUCUGGUCAGGUAUUUGCUGUUUCCCCCAACUAUAGUCUUCUCUUCUUCUCCUUGCCUAGUGGAGGGUGUUUGUGGAUGGAGAGGAACCCCCCGACCUCCAUCUCUUGCCUGGAUUACUGCGCUGCUCUGGGGUUGGUGGUGGUGUCGGGACCUGGGGGCACUUUGGAAGUGUGGGAGACUCGGGGUGUGCAGUUGGCCGAGAUACGCCUGGGUAGGCCGGUUAGUCAGUUGUGCUUCGCUAACACCCGCGGGGACCUUCUGGCCUGCUUUGGAGGCACCAUCUGCAUCAUCUUCGGCCUGCGCUACCUGCCUGCCAGGCUGCUGCAACAGGUACUGGACCUGGCCCCCGCGGAUGACAUCCUAGAGGAUCCCAUCCCGUUUCUACCUCGCUCCCAGGGCUGCUAUGAUAUGUAUUUGGUGCCACGGAUGUUCCUGAAGCCUGGGCAGGCCACGCCAGAGUUGAAUGAGACCCCAGCGGUACUUGAUGUUGUGAGGCCAGAAAGCGCAGGAUGUAAGAAUGUACUGGACGUGCUGAACAGGGACAGGAAGAAGAACUCGCUGAUGAUUCGGGCACCAACUCCACCAAUUGUAAAAAGGGAUAAACCAGGUUCCUGGUCUUGUGCUCUCCGAUUGGUUAAAACUUUGGAGGAAGAAUUGAAUCUGGAGGACGAGCCAAUGGAAGGGUCAGGAGACUGGGACAAGUCUCAAACACCAUUCGAGCCUCUCCCCCCAGACACACUUCUUCUGGACUGGCCCGUGGCUCCAGACGGCUUCCUCCCCAACUCAGUGCUGCGUAACUGGAAUCUGAAGCAGGAGCCACCCAAGGCAGUUUUGCCAAAGGAGGCCAAAGCCCUUUGCAGACCAUUGUCACAGUCAGAGGAUGAACCAGAGCACUCACCAGUAGUCACCGUCAUCCUCGCUAAGGCCAAAGAAGCAAGACUCAACAAACCAAUCCCCAUGCCUAAGCUGUUUGACACCCCAACCGAGUAUGAAUCCCCACCCGAAGAUGACAAAAAUGAGCUUCUGAAGCAUAUCGCCGAGAGCAUAUGGCUGGUCUCCAGACCUGAUGUGGAUUUGGUGGAAGUCAUGAAAUCCCUGAUGUUGACCAUGGAGGGUAUGGACAGUGAUGUCUAUGAGAACUGCACAGAAGCCCUGCUCAGCAUGUUCCAGACCUACGACAUCCCUCCGGAGAUCAUAAAUAACCUCACCUUCUGCCUCCUAAAACAUAUCCAGAAGGGGAACCCCCACUGGAAACGCCUGGAGGCCAUGAAGAACUUAGAUCAGCUAGAUCACUUCCAGGACAAACACCUGUACUUGCUGGCGGAGGUUCUCCUAGACCCAGCGAUGGAACUGCGGGAGAUGGCCAAGAACAUCCUGAGCCGGGUCUACGGCAUUGACAACAAGACCAGCCUGCUGAAUAGAAUGCAGGCCAAUGAAGACGUACCCAAGAUGCUCUAUAAACAUCUAGAAAGAAAACUGUCUGAUGAUCUGGAGCCCAAAAAAUCUACAGAUGCUCCCGCCAAACCCGUCGGCGGAAGGCUGUCCAGGCCAUAUGUACACAGGGACUCCAGUCCCUUGGAGUGCACUGCAAAGGACAACGUACCAAGCUCAGAGCAAGAUCACAUGCGGACUCCUGACCUCCCUCUCAUUAGGUCCCUUGGGUGGAACCAUGAAUCUUCUACCCUGAAAGAGGAGCCGGGACUCAGCCCACCAGGGGACGACUUCAUGCGCCCCCACCGCUCACCAAAGAAAUUCCGCAAAUUCUCUCUGUCCACAGCCAAGUGGCACAGCAUUGUGGAGAUCCCGGAGGAAAGGCACGUGCAGGUAUAUGACCCCACCAUCAUAGAACUCUACAAGACAUCCAAGCCCCAUAAGCAGUUGUGCAGCCAGCUCCCCACCACCAAGGCCCCCAGUGACUCUGGGGUGAGCUCCAUGGGGGUGAGCAAGGAGGCUAGUCUGGUGCAACUUCCAGACAGCCCACAACACUUCAGGCUGAAGCCCGUCAAGGGUAAGGGAGACCCCAACUGGAGGGAAAGCCUGUACAAGCUUGUAUCCCAAUAUGGCUUCCGCUCCCCAAGGGCCAGACUGACCACUCUUGGCCCUCUGGAUGUCCCAGGGGCUGCCCAGCGCAACUCCUGCACCCUGUUCCCUUUUCAGACCAGGAAGGCCAGCCAAGUGUCCCUGGGCCAGAGGGUGGUGCGGAAGAUCCAUUUAAGGGAGUCGUCGUUUGAGAGGCCCCCCUCCCAGUUCCACCAUGAGCUGGCCCUGCCCUGGCAGCUCAACAGCCACACCAUGGACCCCUCUGGAGAAAGCAUGUAUGGGAGGCUGGAGGUGGACUGGGUGAGGGAGCCAAUGGAGCCACGGAGAGGGAAGAUGCAGAAAGUGAAGCUGCCCCCGAUAAUGCCUAGGUGUCAUCCAUCCUAACCACCAGGGGGCAGUGUGGGGCUAAGGUUUCAUUUAGGCAGUAUUGUAUUGUCUCCAGAUAUCUGCUUGAUAAACAUCCCUCAAAUUGUGAUGGAAUUGUAAUGCAUUAAGCUUG